AUGAAAGUAGGGGAUGGCCAUCAUACUUCUUUCUGGUAUGACAAUUGGUCCAAACAUGGAUGUCUGAAGGAAGCUCUGGGUACUCGUGGUCUCAUUGAUCUAGGUGUCACAGACAAUGCCCUGGUAUCUGAUGUUCUUGGACGUCCCCGACGGAGGAGAAGACACAUAGUUAAUAUCUUGAAUGAGGUGGAGAACGAAAUAGAAUUGCUUCGUAUGAAUCAGGAUCAUGGAGAUGACGUUGCUUUAUGGAAGCAGGCAUAUGGGAUUUUUGCGCAUAGAUUCUCUACCAAGAGAACAUGGGAGCUUCUUCGACACAGUCACCAAGUCUGUAACUGGAGUAAAGGCAUCUGGUUCACUAACUCGACUCCCAAAUACUCAUUUUUGGCUAGAAUUACUGUGGGCAACAGACUACAAACGGGAGAUGGAAUGCAUAUGUGGAACGGGACCUACUUCAAAGCAGAUUCACUACGGACUGUUGAUGAGCUUAUUGAUCCGAAUUCUGGUAACUGGAUUGUUGAUAAAGUAGAGUCUCUCUUUGUGGAAAAAGAUGCUGCAAUGAUUCUGAAUCUCAAAACCUCAAGGAUCUUAAAUGAUGUUUACAUUUGGGGAUUUCCCAACUCAGGUGCUUACUCCUCUAAAAGUGGAUAG